UUGCAUUGAAAGCACCGAGAAUGCUCUCAGCCAUUCUCUCUGACCUCGCACUUGGAGCACUUGUCAGCACUGGCCUUGCAGUUGCAGGCACAUGGUUUAGCGAGGCAAGCCAAAGGCCCCUACCCUCACGGCAGCUUGAGCCAGCAAAUCAGAAGUCAUUUCACGUGCGUGAUAAUGACGCCUUUGAAGCAGUAGCUGUGCAGGGCGCCGGGUCAGAGGGCGCCGGUGGCAGCAGUGAGCGGCAUGCCCGCUACGACGGCGAGGGGGACGAGGGGGACGAGGGGGGCGAGGGGGGCGACGACAUUGUGAUGCUGCACUGCGGCGAGCCGGAGCGCGGCGGCGGCGCGCACGGCGCCGCGAUGGGGACGCAGCCCCCUGUGGAGCUGCUGGAGGCCUACACGCGUGUGUACACGGUGUGGACCGCCUCCAGCCUGCAGCAGCAGCUGGCGGCCAGCCGCAGGGCGGCGGAACAGGCGGGGGCUGGAGCGGGAGUGGGGGCGGAGGCGCCGGUCUGCACCAGUGGGAGCAGCAGCGGGGUCAGCUGCCGCCCCUCGGCGCUUGCUGAUCAGGGCCAGCAGCAGCAGCACGUGCAUCAGCGGUACACACUGCAGCCGCGUCAGGGGCUGGAGUGCGAGGACGCCCAGUCGGUGGUCGCGGUGGCGACUGCGAUCACGGCGGUGGCAGUGCUGCCCCUGACCUCAACCACCACCACCACCACCACCACCGUCACCACCACCACCGCAGCGGUCCACCACCAGGGGACCCUGCAGUCGCGACCCCGCCGCCAGCGGCUGUCACCCGAGUCCGUGCGGCACUCCUGCCCGACCAGCGCCGCCGAUGCCGCCGCCGCGCUGCUGUCGGUGGCAGGCGGCCGCUGCAGCGGCGUCAGCAGCAGCUGCAACGGACCCCUGCUGCUGCCGCCGGCGAGCCUGAGGCAGGCUAGCGCGUCCGCUGCGGCACCGCGGCCGGUCCUUGGGCUGGGGCUUGGGCUGGGCGUGGGUGGCGCAGCUGCAGACGGCGCCGGCCGCCGGACUGGCAGUGGCAGUGGCAGCUGGUCCCACGGCGGCCACCAGCCGCUGCCCCACACGGCCCACAUCGCCGCCCACUGCCAUCAGCCUCGUGAGGCAGCAGCAGCAGCAGCAGCCGGGGAGGUGCACGGGGCGGCGGCCGCCGGCAUGAGUGGCAGUGGGCCCGAGGCAGCGGCCUGCUGCGGCCCUGCGGCACUGCCACCCGCACAGCAGCAGCAGCCCAGCAGCUCCGUCAGCGCCGACCUGGCUGGAGAGGCGCUGCAAGGCGCCGGCGGGUGCGCGGCAGGGGGUGACGGCAGCUUCGUAGGGCAGGGCGCAGAUCGGAGUGACCCCAGUUGCACCUGCACCGCACCUCCCACCAGUGCUGGUCGGGGACAGGAGGGGCAGAGCGCAGCCCAACUGGCCGGCGCCGCCAGCUGUGCUCGCGGCGGGCCCCGAGUGGUGGCAAGCACUGGCGGCAUGCUGGGUGGCGGCGGCAGUGGCGGCGGCGUCUGCCCGGGCGGCCUGAUGCUCCUCACCGACCCACAACUGGGCGCCUCGCCCUCCCCUUCACCCUCCCUGACCGCAGCCGCAGCCGUCAGUCGCCUGGGCCUGGGCAGCUGCGGCCUCAGCGGACCGCUGUCGGCACCGUAGCCGCGGCGGAGCUGCCGCCGGGCGCCGCCAUUGCAGCCCCAGCAGCCGGCGGCAGCAGCGCACGCCGCGGGCGGCGGCGCAGGCGGCCCGGGCGACGGCGAUUGGGAGCAGCAGGCAGAGGCCGGUCGCAGCGGGAAUGACAGUGUUUGGUUUGGUGAAGGCUGGAGUGCCGGAGCUCCGUGUUGAGAUGACUAGGAGGAGUUAGGCUGGGAGCAGACGCGGGGGGCCUAAAUGCAAUGUUUCAAGGAGUUCGACAGGAUAGGAAGUCAUGUUGAUGCACGGCAUACUCAUUGCGGAUUAUCUGGUUUCCGCGGUUCCCGCGAAACGUUCUGUGUCUGUCUUGGUGUCCGUGCAUGUUCCCACGACCUGUGUGAGUCGCCGUUGGCCUUAGGCUGGUCCGGGCCGGUCCCACUACUGCCAAACAGCCACCGUGGUGUGCAGCUUCCACCCCUGCCGGCUUUUAUGUCGCCAGCAGCCCACUGGGAUGUGCUGUCCGGAAUGUGGUUGGAUGGCUCCACGCGCUGUUUGGGCAUCACGCACAGUCAGGCAAGACGCCACUUUGAAUU